AUGGGGUACCCCGAACAAUAUGUCCACCAAGAUGGUCAAAUGUAUGAUAUGCAAGGAGGUUUGACCAUAGAAGGGGACCCACAUUUAAUGACACAAGAAGAGAAAGAUAGAGGUUUAGGGUCGGUGUUUAAGCGGGAUGAUACAAGGCUUCAACAAUUAAGUGAUGAUGAAGCUGAUUUAUCCAAAAUGGAUAUGGGUGGUCGAGAAAAGGGUUGGCUUCAUAGGUGGGACUUUGAGACAGAAGAGGAAUGGGCGACAUUAGGAAGCCAUGCCAAAAGCUGCAUUUCAGUUUGGUGUGAAGAUGCAAGUUUGACCCCGAAAAACACAUAG